AACUGAAAGCUUUGGUUUAUAGACUUCCAGGUGGGGGGCCCUUGAGGAAGCACUGGAGAGAGGGGAGAUCUGAUGACUCUUAGGACAUAUUUGAGGAUCAAGGGCUCAAAUACAGGCAGCCACCCUCCUCUGCCCUGUAUUUGGUUCAGAGGUGGGAUGCUGCUGAUCCACUCACUGGGGGAGCUCGACCUCGAAUCUGGCCAGUUUUGUGCCAUUCCUUUGGCACACUGGAGGGAGAUUAGGGCUUCAUCUUGUCCGAUUUGACUAGUAGAUGGUGUCCAGUGCCAACACACACUCUUUGGGGUCUUGGUUUGUAUCAUCUCCCUAUUCUCUGCCAGGCCUAAGGACCCAGAGAAAACGCUGUUCUUCAUUUCAUCUUCUGCCUUAGAGAGAGGUUCUUGGGGGGUAGUAAGGGACUCGGGAUUGAGCACCAGAACAGAGAGGAGGUCCUGAGUUCAAAUGUGACCUCAGGCAUUUCUUAGCUUUGUGGCUCCAGGCCAGUCCCUUGACCCCCAUGUCUAGCCCUUAACCACUCUUCUGCCUUGGGACUGAUAUUUGGUAUCUUGUGUGUUCUCGGGUAGGAGUGGAAAGAAAGAUCCUUAUGCUAUCCUAUGGGCUAGGCCACGGGCUUACAAAAGCAUCUUGUAGUUGAUUUGCAUCCAGAAUGGAUUUAAAUCUGUUUUGUUCUUUUAAACCUUUACCUUCCCUCUUGGUUCCAAGACAGAAGACUGGGUACGGUGAGGCCAGAAAACUGUCGAGCAUUCUGUGCUUAAAAAUAAAACUGGACUUCUUUACGGGGGGAGCCUGGAGGAAAGAAUGAGAUCUCUGAGAGAACGUCUGUGGAUCUAAACGAUGUUACAUCAGACGGGAGUUUCCUCGGAGGAUUCCAGUGAUUGAGACCUUGUUGCUAAGGGCUGAGGGAGAACAGUAACAGGGUGCCAUGCAGCGCUCGGGGAGGGAGCUCUGGGGAAAAGGCUGAUGGGGUAAAAAGUGCCCUUUGUUCAUUCUGCUGGCCUGAACAUCUAGGAAUGUGCUGCCACCUCAGAACCAGAGGGAUUUCUGUUGUCUGUGUGCCAUUGGGGUGGGGCUGGCCGGGGGUACCCCAUGACACACAGGAGCUGAGCCAAGACCUCUGAGCGGAGACGCUGCAGGUGGCUCAGCUGGGCUUUGCCGGGGACCACUGCUAAGGGAUGGCCUUCUCAGGGCAGACCCCGCUCAGCCCUCACCCCCGGGACCUCUGCACCCGGUCUAUCUGGCUAGCAAGGAAGAUCCGCUCAGACUUGACCACCCUGCUGGAGACGUAUGUUGAAUAUCAGGGCCUGAACAAGAGCAUCGACCUAGACUCCAUGGAUGGGGUGCCGACGGCCAGCACUGACCGCUGGAGUGAGUUGACAGAGGCAGAACGACUACAAGAAAAUCUCCAAGCUUAUCGCACCUUCCACAUGCUCCUGACCAAGGUCCUGGAGGACCAGAGGGCACAGUUCACCCCCACAGAAGGAGAAUUCCACCAGAAGAUCCACAGGGUCCUGCUCCAAGUGGCUGCCUUUGCUUACGAGAUCGAGGAGCUGAUGGGGCUGCUGGGACAUCAGGCCCCAUCUCAAGAGACAGAGAGCAUGCUGAACAGUGAUGGUCGCCAAACUUUCUUUGAAAAGAAACUGUGGGGCCUGAAGGUGCUGCAGGAGCUCAUGCAGUGGACAGUGAGGUCCAUCCGUGACCUCCGCGUGAUCUCUUCUCCGGGCCAGAACAGGGUCCCAGCCCAUGGGAGCCAACAACUCACCGAGGCCCAGCCGAUGUAACUUCUCCCCUUUGUGGUUCCCUCCUCUAUGGAGCAGCAUUCACCACGUGGAAAAUGUGCCUGUGUGGCUUUGGCGCUGCAAUCCUCAUCUUUCUCUUCCUCUUUGUGGAAGAUGAGCUGGAGAUACUUGGAAGGAUUUGUGCAGAAAAGUCCAUUUCAUUCCAUCUGAGGGCAGUAGCAGCCCCUCCAAGCUUGGCUCAGGGGGUGAGCCUGAACCCGUGACUCUUCCUCACGUCAAACUGACCAGAUCACUCCAUUAAGGGCAGGUGGAUCUCCAGCCACCCCUUUCCCUCACUCCACAUCAGCUUCCUAUUCUUUGUCUAUUCCUAUGAGACAGGAGACCCAGGUGAUGAAGGCAACAUCUCAGCACCACCUGGUGACCACAUCUAAAGUCCCCGAGCUGCGGUUAUGGCCUAUGCUAAAGAACCUCUCGUCCUUUCUAGGGAACAAAGGAAAAGGCUGCUCUGGGACCUCGAGGUCUCCUCCAAGAAAGGACAUCCAUGUCCUCUGGCCCUGCUCCACAGGAACUCUGGGAUAGCAUUUCUGAUUUCUUAAUCAAAUGUCUCUUGCUGAUGGUUACUGAGCAUGAAGCUAGGCAUAUACUAACCAGAUAACCUGACCUUAUUUGGGGGGAUUGAAUGUACUUGGGGACAGUACAACUGAGAUGUUUUCAUCUGUGGUGGCCAAUGGUAUGCUGUUCAGGUGGAAAAACGGAACGCCAUGGUUGCCAUAUUUAUGGACUGGGUCACAAGCCAAGGGAAAGCCCCUCUCUGUUACAGAGGAUGUGUCCUGAAACAAUGAAAACUUCAACUAAUGAAUCAAGACAGCCUCAGAGGAGAGGGGAUGGGAAGGGCAGCCACGUGGUACAGUGGAUAAUGCCUCUUCCUGAAUUCAGACCUGACCUGGGACACUAGCUAUGUGACCCUGGGCAAGUCACCUAACCUUACGUGCCUCAGUUUCUUCUCUCUAAAAUGAACUUAAGAAGGAAAUGGCAAACUACUCCAACAUCUCUGCCAAGAAAACACCAAGUGGGGUCUUGAGUUAGACAUGACUGACACAGGUGGGGAAAUGGAGGGCAGGGUAAGUCCUGCCAGAUUAAUGAAAAAAUCAGAACUGUGGAAUACUAGGAAAGAAAUCCCAGUAUUACUUCUGAAGGUGGUAUAUCUUGUGAAUUACUUAGUUGGUUAAUCAGAGUAGAUGAAAUAUAGACUAUAUGUUCCCCAACA